GUGAAGGGAAUUUCAGCUUUAGUUGCGUCUUAUAAUGGCAUCCAGUGAAACAAACAGUUCGAUCAUCCAAAAUAAAGUGGUUUUGAUUCUAUUUGCAGUGCUAUUUAUUUGUUUAGUAGAAGUAAUUGUUGGUUUUUACGUGUACAAACUCAUAAAGCUCGAUAUACGACAAGAAUGUUUAAAGCAAAAGAGUAACGGGGUUUCCAAAGAGGAAAUUAAAGCUUUACUCGUCGAGGAAGGAUAUUUAAAGGAUAUUUGUUAUGGAGUAGCUUGCAACCAAAAAUGGCACCCCGCCGGUCGACAUACACGCGCUGCUGGCAUAAUACCAAAAGGACCACCAGGUCCCCCAGGUCCUAGGGGACCACCUGGUCCAAAAGGAUCAGCGGGCCCAACAGGUCCAAAAGGACCAACAGGUGCUCCAGGAAGUACCGGGAUCAAAGGUGAACGCGGAGUCAAUGGUGCGAUGGGCCCCAAAGGUGAGAAAGGAGCUAUCGGAAACAGUGGUAAAGUCGGUGAAAAAGGAUAUGAGGGCCCGCCGGGAGCACGUGGAGAAUCGGGAGAAACCGGUUCUCCUGGUCAAAAAGGUGAACGUGGCGCUCCGGGUGCAAAUGGGAGGGAUGGCUUGACGGGAAUUAAAGGAGAACCAGGUCUUCCAGGCUCUCCAGGAAAAGAAAGCCCCCCUGGUGCUCCAGGUAAACCAGGAUUUGAUGGAAAAGAGGGAAAAGUUGGAUCUCCAGGGCAAAAAGGUGAACAAGGGAACAAUGGAUUGGAUGGAAUACCCGGACCAAAGGGAGAUACUGGCUACCCUGGUAUAAGAGGACCACCUGGGUUGUGCGGAGAGCAAGGUAAACGUGGCGAAAUUGGCCUACCCGGUGAAAAAGGCGACAAAGGUACAUUAGGGGCGGGAGGACAGAAAGGUGAAAAAGGCGAGCUGGGCUAUCCAGGAGUUCAAGGUUCAAAAGGUGAUAAAGGCAGCCAAGGUCCUAUCGGUCAGCCUGGAUUACACGGUAGAGGUGGGCUUCCAGGAGUUCAAGGUGAAAAGGGUAGCAUUGGUCCUCAAGGUCCCCCCGGUUUACAGGGAAAGGACGGCCUAUUGGGACCAAGAGGAUUACCAGGUCCAUGCAAUUCGUGCGAAAACAGUUACGCCGAAAGGAUCACAAUCCAAACAUUAAGAACAGAAAAAUCUACGGCGUUUAAAACAAACGCAACAGAAUGUUCCUCGUUUAUAAUUGGCGAAAGGCAAGUAUUGGGAAAUGUGGACGACCAAUACGCUGCAUUUAUGCUAGAUUCUAGACCUAUAAGCGAAGAGGAAGCGUUCAAAUUUUGGUCAACUGGAAGAGACGACCUCAGAUUGAACGAGUUUGAUAAUAUACAACUAUUCAUAAAAAAUGAACCGUCAAAGGUGUACGAUCUGGACGUGGCUUUUGAAGGAAAUGCGCAUGUAAUUUACCGUGGCUUCUUCUUCUACAAAAUGAAAGGAAGCAAACCAAAGAUAGUUAAAUACGAUUUGAAAAAUGAAAAGACCCAAACUCUUAUAAUUCCCGAUCUUCCGAAACUAGGACGUUUAUAUUUACGCAAUUUUAACUCUUUUGAUUUCAGUGUAGAUAAAAAUGGACUCUGGGUCAUUUAUUCAAUUUGGGAAAGCGGACAUAUCGCUAUUGCCAAAAUUAAUCACGAAACCUUGACCAUCGAAGGCAUGUGGGAAAUUAGUCUACAACAUAACGGACUAGUUGACGUGUUUGUUAUAUCUGGAAAAAUGUACACUUUAGAGUUUACUCCAACACAUACCUUAAAAAUACAUUUGGCAAUCGAUUUGCGUUCGAAUAUAACCACCAAAGUGAAUGUGAAUGGAAUGCAUCAGACGGGUGGAAUCAGCAUGGUAACUUUCGAUUACAGAACCAAAGCACUCUUACUAGUUGAUGAUGGAAUAAGAGUGAGUUACCCUAUAUACUGUGAAGAUGAGGAAAUUCUCUCAGUAAACAGUUAUUAAAUCGUCUUUGUUGAAUAAUUUAGAUACUUAUAAGAUGUAGUGAUCAGAGGGAGAACACUUUAUUGUUUAAAAUAUAACUUUCUCUAAAACA